UUAUCUUUUCAGAAAAAGAGGAUCGCAGAAGUUACGAUAAUGUUGGCAACUCUAUCCACGUAAAUUGGUCAAUAUAAUUUUAUUUCAUCACACUGACCGGUUGGUGAGGGCACGAGAGAUAUAUACCAAAGUGAUUUUUUUAGACUCACCUUCAAGUGUUUUGUGGAUUGUUUUUAAUGGUGCGCUUUUAAUGUGGUGUAGUAUUUACAUUUACAUUCAAAGGAAGGAUUCAGGAGAUUUCACACCCCUGAGAAUGGACCAGAGAAUACUCAGCACAGACUGCUUGGCUACGGACUGCAUAGUGGCUGAGAAGAAAUGCAAUUUUAAUCCCAAUGGGAACCACCAGGCCAACAACGGUGAUCUGAUGAGCACAAACGGAGAGGGGAAGACAGAGAGAGAGACAUGGACCAGGCAUAUGGACUUCAUCAUGUCCUGUGUGGGCUUUGCGGUUGGUCUGGGGAAUGUGUGGCGUUUCCCUUACCUCUGCUACAAAAAUGGUGGAGGAGUCUUUUUCAUUCCAUACAUUUUGUUUAUAUUCCUCGGUGGAAUUCCUGUCUUCUUCCUGGAAAUUGCUCUGGGCCAGUUCAUGAAGGCUGGAAGCAUCACUGUGUGGAACAUUGCUCCACUCUUCAAAGGACUCGGAUAUGCUUCCAUGGUUAUAGUGUUCUUCUGCAACACAUACUACAUCAUGGUCCUGGCUUGGGGUUUAUAUUACCUCAUCAAAUCCUUAACAGCCACACUGCCCUGGUCCACCUGCACAAACUACUGGAACACAGAGAACUGCAUCGAGACCUUCCGCCAUGACGCCUGCAAGAACAGCACCCUCAGCACCAACUAUACCUUCAUGAACAAGACCUGUGAGGAGUUAGAGAACGCCACAUCUCCUAUCAUUGAGUUCUGGGAGAAUAAGGUGCUACAGCUUACUGAUGGCCUGGACAGUCCAGGACAGAUCAACUGGGAGGUGACUUUGUGUCUGAUGGCAGUCUGGAUAAUGGUUUACUUCUGCAUAUGGAAGGGAGUAAAGUUAACAGGAAAGAUUGUGUAUGUCACUGCCAUAUUCCCCUACAUUAUCCUGUUCAUUCUCAUGGUGAGAGGUGUGACCCUUCCUGGGGCUUAUGAUGGUAUCAUAUACUAUCUCAAGCCUGAAUGGUCAAAGAUUCAAGAUGCACAGGUCUGGAUUGAUGCCGGCACUCAAGUGUUCUUUUCUUAUGCCAUCGGACUUGGAGCCCUGACUGCUCUUGGCAGUUAUAACCAAUUUAACAGCAACUGCUACAGGGAUUCAUUUGUAUUGGCCCUAAUAAACAGCGGCACCAGUUUCAUCGCCGGCUUUGUGGUUUUCUCCACUCUGGGCUUCAUGGCUGCUGAGCAGGGUGUGGACAUCUCAAAAGUGGCAGAGUCAGGGCCGGGCCUGGCGUUCAUCGCGUACCCCAAAGCCGUGUCGAUGAUGCCUGUGUCACCACUCUGGGCCACACUCUUCUUCUUAAUGCUGCUGAUGCUGGGGCUAGACAGUCAGUUUGUCGGAGUGGAAGGCUUUGUAACUGGCAUGCUGGAUCUGCUCCCUUCAAAGUUUAACAAGCGAGAAAUCGCUGUGGCGAUCUGCUGCACAGUAAAUUUUCUAAUAGGACUCUCCAUGGUUACACAGGGAGGGAUGUACGUCUUCCAGCUUUUUGACUAUUAUUCAGCCAGUGGAGUGACCCUGUUGUGGCAGGCUUUCUGGGAAUGUGUGGUUGUCGCCUGGGUUUAUGGUGCUGAUAAGUUUAUGGAUGACAUUGCCCGCAUGAUCGGGUAUCGGCCUUUCCCUUGGAUGAAGUGGUGCUUGUCAUUUCUUACUCCAUGUGUUUGCAUGGGAAUAUUCGUGUUCCACCUGGUGAACUAUAAGCCUCUUUCCUACAAAAAUGUGUAUGUGUACCCUUGGUGGGGAGAGAUGAUCGGAUGGUUGCUGGCUCUCUCCUCUAUGCUCUGCAUCCCCAUUAGUGUCAUCUACAAGCUCAUCAUGGCCAAAGGAUCCUUCAAAGAGCGCUGGGAAAAUCUGACCAAAUCUAUAUGGGCGCGGCAUCAUUUGGAGUGCAUGGCACCCAACACUAACAUCAGAAACCCAUCACCACAGUCCUCAGACACCUCAGACAGCAUGGACAACGUCAAUGACACCGCCCUGUAAAAGUCGGAGAAUGAAAUGGAUACGCCAAAGCCAAAAACAUGCUUGUUAGGGAAAGUUAGAAUUAUGUUCAGAAUUGCUAAAGUUUUUGGUCAGGUUACUGUGUCACAAGGUUCACUGUUUUUACCAUAGUUGAUUUUUAAUGAAUAGCUCUUUCAUCAUUGUGCUUUUUGACUGUGCGCUGUAACAACAAACUAACUCCAUGGUAACACACUCAGCUCCACUCAGUCUUCUUUUCCUUCUGGCUCGAUGGGUGUGUUAGUGAAGAAAAUAGAAAAUAGUUGAUUUUAUGAGAAUAAUCGAGUCACAGUCAGUUCCAUAAGUAUUGGGACAGUGACACAACUAAAGUCUAAAAGUGUAGACUUAAAGCUUUCAUUCAGUGGGGUUUAAAUAAUGAGUUCCUUUUUUCUUUUUUUACAGACUCGAAGGUAAUACUAUGGGGCUCCUUUUCUUCAGCUCGGGCUGGGCAUGUAGUUAAUAUAAAGGGCAUCAAAUCCCAGUCUGUAAGAAUAAAGAAGAGGGAUACAGAUUAACAAAAUAUCACUUUCAAGCAGAGAAAGCACAAAUCCAAAUCAACAUAGGAACAAAUAAAAAAAAAUUAAAAAAUGAAAAGAAAUGAAGGUUUUGGUAGUCUGAGUCGGAGACCAGAUGUAACUUCUAUGACAUGUUUCUGCUGGUAUAUUUGAUUAAAGAUCCGACAUGGUUUAUAUGGUUGCAUUUCUGAUUUUAAAAGGGGUAUGUAAACUUUUUUGUCCUUCCAUUCUUGUUCCUAUGUUUCUCAGUAUGAUAAAUAGAUUAAGGAGGUAUUAACUGGAACAAAAAUAUCAGAAUCUGGGCUAAUAUAUACUGAAAAGCAUUUUUAUAUUAAAACACAAAAUCCCAUCCAGGCCAAUCCUAUCCAUAGCUAUUGGCUAUGUUCCCGCACACUGAUCUGGGCCAGGUUCCUUUCCAGCAUUCCACAGCAAUGAGUAAGUCAGAUGAAGUGGUUAGGUACAGUAUGGGCCUUAACGUAUUUGUAAUUAAAGACUGUGAAAUCAAUCAUAGAGUGGAAUAAAACUUGAAGUCCGGGAUAAAUGAUCAUACAGGCAAUGUCAUCCAUAAACUUAUUAGCACCUGCAAACACAGAAGGUGCACAAUUUAUUACACAGGCUUCAGAUGAAUAUAGACAUUCCUUUAGUAAACAAAUUGUCCCAAUCAGUGCAU